AAAGUUUGAAAAGUCCCGUUGGACAGAGCCGUUGGGGGUCCAGCCAUUCUGUAAAGCCCCAAACGCUGCUCCCUCUCUCUCUUCUCUUCUCUUCUCUGCAACUCUCUCUCUCUCUUGGCCAACGAGGUACCCACAAUAUCACUUGGCUCUUACUCUCUCUAAGGUUUUACAUGGUGGUUUUUGAUAUAGAGACUACAUCCCCCAUCUUCUCUGCUGAUCCACUCAUUGCCACUCUCUUUCUCCUUCAGUUUGCCUUCUGCAUAUAGAUUUCACCCCAUUUUCUCUUUCCUUCCCCUGAUUUCUGCACAGUUAAUUGCGCUCCUUCACUCUCCCCAAGAUUCUUUUUUUUCUUUUCUUUUCUUUUCAACCUUCUCUCCAUAAGUAAUCUCUGGUUGAAGAUAGGUUUUUGGGCAUCAAUCCAUCUAUCCACCAUGGCAGUGGUGCGUGAAGAAGGGAUGAUCACAAACCCUUCCAUCAUCAACAACGAUGAGAAGCCCGCCAUCACCAUUGACAAUGAAAAGGUCAGCAGCGCCAAUGCUCCUCCAACUCAGAGAAGGCCGCGGAUCCGUGAGGUGAGCUCCCGAUUCAUGACGACACCUCACCCCAAAUGCCCUAAUCCUCCUCCCCUUCCGACUCCGAAGUAUGGUGCCUCUGAUAUGCUGCUCAUGAGGCGCUCCCAUUCUGCUCGAAGGCCGCAACACCACCCUUUCUCUGAUCAUCAGCAACAGCAACAAGAAGCCCUGUCCUCCGAUGUCGUCUCAGAGGCAUUGACAACGGCCAUGGCAGCUACAUUUACGACCAGGAGCUUAGACGAUCACCCUUUCACUCUCAGGCCUUCUUCUGCUCCCAAUGCUAAUGUCAACAUGUCGACAGAGACACCAUGCUUCUUCAACCACACCACUAAUAAUAACAAGCCUGAUGGUAAUGGCACUGCCAUCCCCCCGAGGAAGCGGCCUGCUGCUCCUGCAAGACAGUUCAAGGAGAAUGGUGGCGCUGGUCUCAGGCCUGACACCCCAAGACCCCAAGCUAAAGAUAGGAGCAGCAGGUCCAUUCCAAGAAUCCAGCACCACAGAUCUCUUCAGAAUAACAAGGUGGCCGCUCUGGUUGCUUCAAGACCUGUAGGCCCUACUGACUCCUCUUCAAUAGUACCUUCUACAAGUGGAGAAGCUCCUCAUUGUCACAAGGAGCCCAUUGCAAGCUCCAAAGCAGCAGCAGUGGUGGUAGAAGAAGGUGUUCGCAAACCUAAUGAGAAUAGCUCGGCACCUCACAUGGAUUCAGGUUCUUUGGGUAAUAGGGGUAAUAGUUGUGGGGAAGCGCCAGCAAUAGCAGAACUGGUUAAUAUGGAUGAUCUCUCCUGGAGUGAUACAAGCAGCGUUGGCAGUAGUCAGGGAGGAGGUAUAUGUGAUAGUCCUCCGAUAGCAGCAAACAUUCAGAGCUCCAAGAUCCUUCGGACAGCAUCAUCUGCCUGUCGUUCUUCUAUGCCAGAGGCAGACCUGCUCCCCACCAUGGGUGGAAGGGAUGGCGGUGGUCCAUGUCGCUCUUUGAAUUCAGCAUUCUCGAGUUGUGUCGCCGCCAAGUCUAUGAGUAAACAAGCUUCUGUCAUGUCCAGAUACCUUGUCUGCUCAUCAUCAUCAUCAUCCAAGGGGUCUGGAGUCUCUCUACCUCCUCACCCAUCACACAUGCGAACUGCCUCGUCCUUGUCCACCUCUAUGAUUAAGGCGGCUCAGCCUGACACGAUGAGGAAGGUCAAGAAGGCAUCGAGUCAUGACGAUGAUGUUCACAUGAUGAAAUUGUUGCAAAAUCGUUACUUGCAAUGGAGAUAUGCAAAUGUUAAAGCAGAGUCAGCACUGCAGGCACAGGGGGUCUCUGCUGAGAAAUGUCUCAUUGCUUUAUGGGCUAAAAUAGUCAAAUUGCAUGAUUCUGUAGAAAGAAAGAGAAUUGAGCUGGUACAACUUAAGAUGGCAGAAAGAUUAUCUAAAAUUCUUGAAGGACAGAUGCCAUUUUUGGAUAGCUGGGAGAAUAUGGAAGAAAGUUAUUCAAAUUCCCUUUUGGGAGUUUCUGGAGCUCUACAUAAUGCUACACUACGACUCCCAGUGACUGGAAAUGUAAGGGCUGAUACUGGAGAGGUGGAACAGGCUCUACAAUCUGCUGCGGAUGUGCUAGAAGCAACAUAUCCCUCUCUCUGCAGCUUCCUGCCAAAGAUCUUUAUUAAACAGACAGAAGAAAUGAAUUCUUUGGCUUCGGCAGUAGCCGGUAUAGUUACCAAAGAAAGGGCAUUGAUUGAGGAAUGUGGACAACUUCUAAUGAUGGCAAAUAAAUUACAGACUGAGGAAUGCAGCUUGAGUGGACAACUGAUCCAGCUGAACAGAGAUCGGAGGCUGGCAUAAAUUUUGCAGUCCCAAGUUCAGGCGUCUAUGAGAUUCUAGCACUGACCAUUCAGUGCAGCAAGCACUCACUCUGGAGUAAUGCCUACUAAUGACAGGGUAUAGUGGAUGGUACAGAAAUGGGAGUUGAGUAAAUGGGUGGAACUGAAGGGGUUCCUAGAAAAUAAAUGAUGCUUUUUGUGUAUGUCCAAUGAGCUGCCUGGUGAUUCAACAAGAAUGUCAUUCUUUUAUACAAUCAAUAAACUCGUACAGCACUGAAUUGAGAUGUAUGUUGUCAAGUGUGUUGCACAGAAACUGCCUUAGAUUUACUUAUUCCUUUACCCAAAAAUAAAGCCACGUUGUGCAGUUUGGAAGAUGUAAUGAGGAUGUUCAGGAUUAGAGAUUUGUUUUCUGGGAAUUCUUCUCA